AUGUUUUUGAAGCCAUCGGAGAAGAUCAUGCAUGAUAUGGAAGAUAAAGAGCUUUUGUGGAGAGCUUCAAUGGUGCCCAAGAUCAGGAGUUACCCUUUCUCUCGAACCCCAAAGGUUGCUUUCAUGUUCAUGACAAGGGGACCUUUACCUUUGGCUCCUUUAUGGGAAACGUUUUUUCAAGGGCAUGAAGGUCUUUUCACUAUCUACGUGCACACCGAUCCGUCUUACAACGAGUCCAUGCCCCAAGGUUCUGUUUUUAAUGGCCGACGCAUCCCAAGCAAGAAAGUGGAUUGGGGAAACGCAAACAUGGUAGAAGCAGAACGAAGGUUACUAGCAAACGCAUUAUUAGACAUCAACAACGAACGAUUCGUACUUCUCUCUGAAUCAUGCAUCCCUCUCUUCAACUUCACUACUAUUUACUCUUACCUCACUAACUCAAAUCAAACCCACGUCGACUCUUACGACCUCCCCAUAGGUCGCGUCCGCUACGCCCGCCGUAUGUAUCCCCACAUUCACCUACACCAAUGGCGCAAAGGUUCUCAGUGGUUCGAGCUAGACCGAGCCAUGGCCCUCGAGGUAGUGUCCGACACAUUCUACUGGCCCAUCUUCAACGCUUACUCCCGCUGCCCUGACGAGCACUACAUCCCGACGCUACUCAACUUGAGGCCGAGCCUCGGGUUGCGUAACUCAAACCGGACGCUGACGUGGACCGAGUGGGUCAAGCGUAGGGCCCACCCGAGUUCGUUUGGUGAGUCGCAGGUGAAUGUGGAAUUCUUGGAGUGGCUAAGGAGUGACAAGGAUUAUUGUGAACACAAUGGAGUGAAUAAGACGAUACUUUGCUUUCUCUUUGCUCGCAAGUUUUCGCCGAAUGCUUUGGAUAAGUUGCUCCGGUUUGCAUCUACUGUCAUGCAUUUCUGA